AUGGAGGCCGCGUAUCGACUGCUUUCUUUCCUCCUCCAUCGUCAACGAAAAUCGGUUGUCUGGAAACCUUUCACGACUUUUUACGAAGGCUAUAUACUGCAUUUAUACCCCACCUUGUACCAUACUCGCAGACCAGAUCGGCCCAACCCCGCCAAUUCACACCAUGUCGCUCACGAACUCAGCUACGACCGUCUCACGCCCUGCUUCGACCUCAUCGAUCUCGGCGUCCGACGAACGGACAGGCCUCUUCGGGAUGUGCCACCAGCGUCUUCUGUGUCGACCACACCGCGCUCUUCGACCCGUCCGCUGCGGCGCAAGAAACAUAUAUCCGUGUACCGCAUCUCCGCGCCUGCUCAAUCGCCGAUUUCCGACGCGCGCACAGAGGUUCCCGUCAUCCAGCGCUCGCAGUCGAUGAUCUCAUCAUCCGACACGGCGGAUUACGGCAUCGAUCAGCGGCCAUCCUAUCCGAGUGGGUCCACUGUCGUCGGGCACGCUUCGCGGAAACCCGCACCGCACAAUCGUGCGUACUCGCAGUCGAAUAUCCGUUUCGGUCCCAGUCGGCCAUACUAUUCAGUCAUCCGGAAAAGCAUGUCGGGAUCAGUCUCGCGGCCAGUCUCUCCGGCAGUGUCAGACGACAUUUCGGACGAUGCCACGCAACCGAUUUCUGAGGAAUAUCCACGGUCUUGGAUAGCCCUGCGGAUGGGACGUCCGGGAUCGCCGGAGACACCAGUCUCUCGACUCCAUUCCGGUUCUUCUGUCAGCGGAGAAAUGGAAUUGCGCAUGGCACUGGCUGCACUGGAGCGAGAUCAGGAACCGAGCUUCAGGUUCCAGUACACUCCCAGGUCGCAAGGCGCUCUCAAGUAUCGCGCCAAACAGUUCGGCCGUGGCUUGAAGGAGUGGAUGCACAUCGGCUGA